AAGCGCACUUUAUGUAAAGGACGCUACUUUACAUGUUCUGUUCUUCAAUGUCGUGGUUAGUUUGGUAUAACACUAAUUAUGCCGACAUUUUAUGUUUGACAUCAAUAACCAUUGCUUAUAAAACAAACUGUGUAAGCUACAGUUUACCGGUUGCCUUAAAUAGGGCUGUUUUGAUUCAUUUGAGAUAAGCAUGACAAAUGUACUUUGCAAAUAAUAUCAAGAACUAUUUACAAAAUAAGUUUGUCAUGCCUAUCUCCACAUUCCUAAUAAUUAGCUAGCAGCUAAUUGAUGGAAGUUUGUGAACGAUUUGUAAUACUUUAUAGUUAACAUGAAGUGUUUGGUUGAAAAACGACUCGAAACCAAAAUAUCAGAUUCGCAUAUAUGCUUCUGCGAGUGUCCAGUCUUCUCUUGAAAGUGUCGGUGUGAAAAUCUGUGUGCCACAGAUUUGAUGGUUAACUGCUGCAGUUUCGAACCAUAGUUGCUUUAUAUCACACAAUUCUCAGAAAUUAAAACAGACGACUUCUGUGAAUGGGUACCCUUUUCUCCAAACGUCAAAGUGUAGAAUUUACCUUGAUCCCGUCAGAAAACAUAAGCGGCCCAUUGGGCCUAGGUGACCCUGAAAGUAAAGAAAUCACGAAAGUUGAAGAGGAGAGCCUUAUACCAGCGCUUAUGCAAGACAGACUGAGAACGAAACAAUGCGCGAAGCUUUGGGAUGAAUGGUCAAACUGUACACAAAAUUACUACUGGGCAGCGAUAUACAUUUGCAAGACGGACUUUCAUAAGGCUUUAGAGUGCAACAAAAGAUACCUACAGGAUCCUCAAUUUUUCGAAGAAACGAAGACUUUAUAUCUGAAAAUGCGUUCGAACUACAGGAGGACGGGGUUAGAACAACGCGUCGUACGAACCGACAAAACAUUUUAGUCUUAAAUAGAAGUUACAAACUGCAUC